CAGCAGCUCAGAAGGUGGUUGUCAGCUCAGAGGUCCAAGUUAUCAAUCCACCAGCGCUACCGGAAUGAGAUGUUUCCAAGGGAAUUUGUGAGGUUCUAUUUGUUAUUAACCUUGAAACCAUUUCGAACAAUUUUUUUUUUUGGGUGCAGACCUUUUGUGAUCUUCGACACUGGAUAACUUUUCAUAGAAAUUUUCUUCUAUAACAUUCCAGAUGGGGAUUACCAUGAGGAACCCUAGUUAUUUCUGUUCUCCACCUGAAAAGCUGGGUUAGUUGAAAGCUUGUACAAUUUCAAUUCAGCCCUUUAUGAAAACUAGUAUUGUGUUGGGCCGUAGAUGAAAUAGUGAAAGCUUUCAACCUGAGUGAACUUUAAACUCCAGAACCAAAGUUUUCGAGGCAAAUCCCAAAAUAUCGUCUUGCAUUGUGAAAGACAAAAUCACCUUUCCAAGGUUCGCAGACACAGUAAGGAAUAGGAGAGGUGAUUGAAAACCCAGAAGCCAUACUCCAUCAUCUGCAGAAACAGAGGAGCUAAAGAGCUCCAGUGGGUAAAAGAUCUAAGCAGUAGUUGCAGACCUUGAAACAGCUGGUGUGGGACCUUCUGUUCAUCAACUGGGAUUUGGGUUUGAUGGGUGGGACUAGUGUUCCACAGCCAUCACUGGAAGACAAAGUGAAAAGGGCUUAUUGAUUGGUGGUGGGAGCUUCCAAAUCAAUAAUGGAGAUUCCUGAAGCCCAAAAAUUAAAUUAAGAGCAGCUUUUGGUGGUCAAUCACACUGGAUCAAUCUCCUCCUAGAAGUCAACCUUGUUUCUUCUGUGAUCUCUCAAAGCUUCCAUAUUUCUGUAGUUCAAUAAUUCAGAUAUUUCUAAUAUUUCAGAGCUGUACGAUUCCUAAUCCUUUUCUUUAGCUUUAAUUAUGAUUUGACUACAAUUGAUGAAAAUAGGAAGGAACCAACAAGAAGAAGCAUCCAAAGGGAAUAACAAGUGAGAAACGCUAGCCUUUUGCUGAGAUCUCAACGGCCCUAUAACCAAAUUUGUAUUUGUCAUCUCCUUUUGUAAAGCAAGUCCAGCUCAAACCUACACUAAACAGAAAAAUAAACAAAUCAAAAGCAGCCACUUUUGUAUUACUUAAUUUACAUUUCCAACGAAACCACCAUGGAAUAUGGAUAUAGCCAAAACUACAUUCGUCAAUCUUGACGUUUGCUAUCAAAAUUUUAUUAUUAUUGUCUUCAUUAUUGUCUAAUCAGAGAGACUCAUUCAAUUAUUCCAAAUUGAAAUCACAGACCCUCCAUGGACUCUUGAAAUGGGUAGUUGGGUACUGGUCAGAGAUCAAGCUUCCUUUAGGAGAUCUAUAUAGAAAUGUAAUAGCUUUAACUUCGGGAGAAUCUUUAUGAAGUAAAGGGAUUCGUGGAAGUCAUGUCGAAAACUUUAGAAAGCUUUAAAGGGAUUAAUUAUAUGCCGAGGGAGAGAAAGCAGAAAAGCACAAAGAACCCAGAUCAAGUAAUAUUCUGGGUUGAAGGUCCACUUGGGUGCUUGCAUUCAGGAGUUUGGUACGCCGGGUUUUGGGUGGCGUGGCUUUCCAAACAAGAAUUUGAGUUGCAUGGAUUGAUAUUGGAGUUGUUAAGGUCUCCUUGGAGCAGUUGGGAUCUCUUUGCUUCUCUCUCUCUCUCUCUCUCUCUCUCUCUCUCUCUCUUCUCUCUCUCUCUCUCUUCUCUCUCUCCUCUCUCUUUCUCUGACUCCUUUUCUAUCUCCACCACUUCUCAGAAAAACCCACCAGCCCUUUUGAACCCUUCUUUGUCUGCCAAAUAACGACCAACCUUAUUUCUCAGAAGGCUCCGUCCUCUCCUCUCCACUCCCCUCUUUUCCUUUCCAGCCAUGAUCGUUAAAACUAAGCUAAUCAGUCUAAUCUUACUUUCACAUUUAAUUCAUGUCUGAGUACUACAGAAACAAAGACAUUAUUGGAAAAAAAACAACCAAUCUUCCUCUUUUUUAUGUAAUCAAGAUUCAAGAGGGACUACUCUUAAUUGAUUUCCUGCAAUUCCCAGUUUUCUCAAAUGCUAAGCAUCCUCAGCCAUAAACUCCGGCGACUCUGCUCCAGACUAUACUGGCCAAUACGGCGGCGUUCGAAGAUCAAAAUCGUCAUCAGGAGGUUUGGGAAAUGCAACCUAAGAUCUUCUAAGAAGAAAGAUGAACCCAUCCACCAAAAUGGUCAACUGGGCAAUUCUACUAAAUUGGAGAGGCCAAUUCGACUUGCGACUUUCAAUGCGGCCUUGUUCUCCAUGGCUCCUGCUAUCCCACAGUCUGAGAAAUCUGUUAUCUUUGAUUAUGGGGAAGAAGAUUAUCUCAAGGUCAGGCGUUCUAUGGAGAUUGAUAUCCGAUCCAAGUCUGUAAAUGAUCGUCCCAAGAGCAUACUCAAGCAAUCUCCCCUGCAUCCCAACUCCAUGAACAGUCCUGACCAUGCUACCAAGCAACAGAGGUUCGCCAAAUCAAAAUUGAGGGUCUCCAUCAAUCUCCCAGACAAUGAAAUCUCAUUAGUGCGCAGUAGACAAUCGAGUUUUGCAGAAGAGAAAGGUGAGGGACCUUCUUCGUCGAGCACGAUUACAAGCAGGAACCAGAAAGGCAAAGCUCCUCUGAGAUCCAGUGUGAGCUUCUCCACCAAUAUGAUUAUCACUGAUAGAGUUUCUGAGAGCCUGAGAAGCCGUAGAUCCAUUCUGGAAGUCCUGAGGGAAGUGGAUGCAGAUAUAUUAGCUCUUCAAGAUGUGAAAGCAGAGGAAGAGAAAGGCAUGAAACCUCUAUCAGACUUGGCUACUGCCUUGGGUAUGACAUAUGCAUUCGCAGAGAGCUGGGCUCCUGAGUAUGGAAAUGCUAUCCUGUCCAAAUGGCCAAUUAAGAAAUGGCAAGUUCGGAAAAUUUUCGACGAUACAGACUUCAGGAAUGUGCUAAAGGCGACAAUUGAUGUGCCCCAGGCUGGCGAAAUUAACUUCUAUUGCACUCAUCUUGAUCAUUUGGAUGAGAACUGGAGGAUGAAGCAGAUAAAUACAAUUAUCCAAUCAAAUGAUCAGCAUCAUAUCUUAGCCGGAGGCCUCAACUCCCUGGAUGAAACAGACUACUCUGUAGAGAGAUGGUCAGAUAUUAAGAAGUACUAUGAGGAGAUUGGAAAGCCGACACCAAAGGUUGAUGUGAUGAAGUUCUUGAAGAGGAAGCAAUAUGUAGAUUCCAAGGACUUUUCAGGCGAAUGCGAAUCAGUUGUUAUAAUUGCCAAAGGCCAAAAUGUGCAAGGGACAUGCAAGUAUGGGACAAGAGUGGAUUAUAUAUUGGCAUCACCAGGCUCACUAUACAAGUUUGUUCCUGGAUCUUACUCUGUUAUGUCAUCCAAAGGGACAUCUGAUCAUCACAUAGUGAAGGUUGAUGUGGUAAGGGUAGAUAACAGCACAGAAGAAAAGGUUGCCUCACGGCGUAAAAGAAAACCUAAACAGAAGGUUGUAAAGAUAACAAACCCUUCAUCAAGGGGAAUAUGGAAAACAAAUACUUGAGGGUGUCAUACUUGAAGGUUGGGAAGGGGGGAGUUGCAGGUUUGGAAAUGGGUCAAGGGAAGGGGGAGUUGCAGCAAGAGGGGGAGGGGUGUAGAGAUUGAAACCUUUAAUGCAUAACACAAACGAAACAAAUGAAAGAGCAGUCAAACAA